AUGUCAUGCUCAAAAAUAUUUUCAGGAGAUUUACCUGAAUUAGCAUAUGAAAUUAUAAAAUAUUUUCAAGAUGAUUUUCCAACUUUAUAUUCAUGUAUUCUAGUUAAUAGAUUAUGGUGUCGUUUAACGAUUCCAUUAUUAUGGAAAGACCCAUUUUCUAUUUCUACUGGAAAUUAUAAAUUUAUUGGAAUUUAUUUAAAUAAUUUAAAAGGUGAUUUAAAAACAAAAUUAAAUGAUUAUGAAAUUGAUAAAUUAUUACCUUUAAAUAAUACACUUUUCAAUUAUCCUAGUUUUAUUAAAUAUUUAAAUACAAAAGAAAUUAUUACUUCUAUUGAGAAAUGGUUUGAAAUUUCCGUUGGAACUUUAAUAAAAUUCAAAAAACGUUAUUUUAUAAAAAAUGCUUAUUUAAAUUUAAAAACUGAUUUUAAAAGAUUAAUUCAUAUGUCAUUAUUUAAAAUAUUUAUUGAAAAUGAAGUAAAUUUACAUACUUUUGAAAUUGAGGUCACUCUUAAUGGUUAUAGUUCUUAUUUUAAUGAUAUUUUUGAAUUAAUUUUACAAAAUACAAAUUUUAUUCAUAAUAUUAAAUAUUUAAAACUUUAUACUGGUAGAACUCCUAGUUUCUUAUAUUUUAAUGAAACUAAUGAUGAUAAAUUAACUAAAGAUCAUAUAUUAAAAUUAAUUAAUUUACAUCCAAAUCUUAAAAAAGUUGUAUUAGAUAACAAAAGUUUUCCUUUAUAUCAAUCAUUAUUAUCAUCAUCAAAGAUUUCUAAUUCUAUUUGUUCAAAUACUUUAAAUACUAUCAUAUUAUAUUGUAUCAAUUUUCAAGAUAUAAUUAAUUUAGAUAAUGUAUUUGAUCAAUUAAAUGUUUUGGAAUCUAUUCAUCUUAUUUAUUGUUAUCCUUUAAAUACUGGUUUUAUUCAACAAAUUCUUAAUUUAACUAAACCAUUUAAAUUAAAAUCUUUAAUUAUAAAUUAUAGAUCACAAAUUGAUGAAUCAUUACAUUUAUUAUUACAAAAAUUUGGUGAUUAUUUAGAAAAUUUUGGUUAUUGUAAUUAUGAUUUAUUAUCAAAACAAAAAUUACUUGAAUCAAUUAUGAAAUAUUGUAAAAAUAUCAAAUUACUUGAUUUACAUGAAUAUGAAAUUCAAAUUAUUCAUCCUAUAUUAAAUUUAAUUGAAAAUAUUAAUCAAAAUCUUAAUUAUCUUUCUAUUAAUAUCUUUCAAUCAUUAAUAUCAAAUAGUAAUAUUACUGAAUAUAUUAAAUAUAGUUCAUUAAUAUUACAAAAUUUGGGUCAAAUCCUUCCUUCUAAAUUAGAAUAUUUAAGUUUAAUUCUUCAUAUUAAAGAAGAUAAUUUUGAAUUCUUUUUAAAGAAUUCUCAAAAUACUUUUAUUAAGAAAUUAUUAAUUAAUAAUAAGGAUGGUGAUGAUAUUUUACCUUCUAUAAAAGAAUAUAUUAUGAAAAAGAAAAGAGUCAAAUAUUUAUCUAUUAAGAAUUCUUCUUAUAAAUAUUUAUUAUUUAAUAAUGAGGAUUUAUUUUAUUUGAAAGGUGAAGUAGAGGAAUUUAAUUCAUAUAAUAUCAAAGUACAAAAUUAUGAUGAUUCAAUUAUAAAAGUUUAUAAUUAUUUAAAGAAAAGUGAUUAG